UGUGGUAUUGUGUACAACAGGUUCGACAUCUGGGGACAAGGCACUAUGGUCACAGUCACAUCAGAGAAAGAAUCAGCUGGCACCCUGCAUCUCUUGUUUCCAUGCUGUGACAUAGUCAGAGGCCAUCUACCUUUCACCAUUGGCUGCCUUCUCACAGAUGCCAUACCGAUAGAUAAGAAGGUUAUAAAAUGGAAUGACGUGGAGAACAAUAAGGCCAGACAGCUGACAACAAUAGGCAAGGACAUCUCUGCAGUGACCAGCUUCAUGACCAUUAGCUCCUCAGAUUGGAAAAAUAAUAAAUUCACCUGCUCCAUUGGUGACAUGAAAAAGAAUCUGAUUGAAGUCUGCACAGAGGUAAAGGUUUCACAGCCCGACACAGAGAUCUAUCUGGCUUCCUAUGAGAAUUCUAAGCAGUUGAGCAUUGUGCCUAUAGUUUGUCUUGUAUCCAGUUUUUACCCCAAUGACACUACUGUUGUUUGGCUUAAGAAUGGACUACACCAUACUAACAGUAACUUCAAUACCUGGAAAGGUGAAGAUGGUCUUUUCUUUGGAAAAAGUACACUGAAUAUCAGCAGAGAGAGCUGGUUGAAUAACGAUGAGUACACUUGUAAGGUGACCCUGGAAAAACUAAGCCACAUGAAAAACAUUAGCAAAUGCUCAGCUUGUCAAGACAGCUUUGUGACACCAGUCGUGGACCUGCAACUACCUAGCAAUGAAGAUCUGUUGUAUAACAAUGGCACAAUUAUUUGCUCCUUUUUGGGUAUCAAUUUGGAUUCCAGUCAAAUGUUUUUAAAAUUUGAUAGUAAAAUCACCCAGAAGACAGGCACACCUACCAAAGAGGGAAAUACUGUAAGACUGGCAUACAAGGUUAGCCGUGAAGAAUGGAAAACAAUAAAGCAAGUAUCUUGUGGAAUGAAACAGCCCUGCUCUCUCUCAGAUCUAGAGAAAGUAAUUAAUGUUGAUGCAGCGGUCAAAGAACCAAAGCAACCCAGUGUGCAGCUUCUGGCAGCUUCUUGUUAUGAUAAUAUGGCACAAAGCCCAGUGCUGUUGCUGUGCAUAAUCUCUGACUUCUGGCCCCAAGAUGCAUCUGUUAUCUGGUUAAAGAAUGGAAACCCCCAUAAAGACAGAGGCACUCCUCUAAUCCCAAUGAAGGACGGAACUGGAAUGUACUCAGGAAAUAGUAUGCUAAAUGUAACCAGAGACAGCUGGAAUACGGAGGACACAUAUACAUGCCAAGUGACGCACUACAACAAGAACAUCCAGCAAGAGAAGAUUUGUAAAAGUAAAGUGCCUGAUGGUGACAUAUUGAAGCCAUCCUUCAAGGACCUUUUUCAUUAUAAGAAUGCCACAGUUUCCUGUAAAAUUAAUGUUGACGACACUAAAAUGCAAUUACUAAUGAAUGGACUACCAAAGAAAAGCACACAGGCACAAAUCAAACAUAACAACGUGACAUGGAAACAGAUCACAGCACAAGUCACCCUGGAAGAGUGGAACACCACUACAAACGUCUCCUGCAUAUUACAACCGCCACAGGCAGCCCUUCAAAGAAAGCUGAGCAUUAUACGGAUAAACAAAGCAGAGGAGAUGAAGGUGCCAGUGGUAUAUUUACUGCCUCCUGCCCAUGAGAGCGUGAUUAUGGAGGAUCUCCUGACUUUGGUCUGUUUGGUGCAGGACUAUUACCCAGAAGAUCUCUUUGUGACCUGGAGUAUCAAUGACUCUCUAAACAUGCAGAAUGUUACAAGCUCCAGUUCUGCAAACUGCAACAGCAAUACAAAGCGCUGCUCCACCACCAGUCAGCUGACCGUACUGAAGAGCGAGUGGAUCAGAGGCACAAGUUACUCAUGCCUUGUAGCCCAUAUCUCUUCUGAUGAAUUUAUUAGGAGGAAAAUUAGUGCGCCACUCAACAAAUCAGAAAAUUCACUUGUGAAACCUGAACACUAUAUCCUGAAGCCGGACUUCAAGGAGCUCUUUCUUUCCAAAACUGCUACAGUCAAAUGUGCAACCAAUAUUCUCAGCAAUGACAUACGUUGGUUAAUGAAUGGAAUAGAAAUGAACACAUCAUGGCAAAUACACAAAGAACAGAUUUUGCAUAAUAAUUCAACAUGGGCUCAAAGCACAAUACAAAUCCCCUUGGAAGAGUGGAAAAACAUAUCAGAGCUGUCCUGCAAACUGAAUAAUUCACAAGAACUCCAACUCACAAAUCCAAAUGUGACAAAGCAACCAAAAAUAUAUGUACUACCACCAGCCACUGAGAGCCAGGCAGACGAGGAGCAGCUGACACUGGUUUGCUUGGUGAAAGGAUUUUACCCAGAAGACUUGUUUGUGACCUGGAAGUCCAAUGACUCCAUAAUCAAGGAGGAUGUUCCUGACCCCAAAUAUGUCCUUUGUGACCUUACGAAUCAGCUCUGCUCAUUUGUUAGUCAGGUGUCCAUCCCAAAAGAACAAUGGCUUGGAGGAAUGGGCUAUGAGUGCCGGGUGGCUCAUAUUUCCUCCAAAGACUACUUCAGUAAACACAUCAGCAAACAUAAUGUGCCUGAUGGCGACAUAUUGAAGCCAUCCUUCAAGGACCUUUUUCAUUAUAAGAAUGCCACAGUUUCCUGUAAAAUUAAUGUUGACGACACUAAAAUGCAAUUACUAAUGAAUGGACUACCAAAGAAAAGCACACAGGCACAAAUCAAACAUAACAACGUGACAUGGAAACAGAUCACAGCACAAGUCACCCUGGAAGAGUGGAACACCACUACAAACGUCUCCUGCAUAUUACAACCGCCACAGGCAGCCCUUCAGAAAAAGCUGAGCAUUAUACGGAUAAACAAAGCAGAGGAGAUGAAGGUGCCAGUGGUAUAUUUACUGCCUCCUGCCCAUGAGAGCGUGAUUAUGGAGGAUCUCCUGACUUUGGUCUGUUUGGUGCAGGACUAUUACCCAGAAGAUCUCUUUGUGACCUGGAGUAUCAAUGACUCUCUAAACAUGCAGAAUGUUACAAGCUCCAGUUCUGCAAACUGCAACAGCAAUACAAAGCGCUGCUCCACCACCAGUCAGCUGACCGUACUGAAGAGCGAGUGGAUCAGAGGCACAAGUUACUCAUGCCUUGUAGCCCAUAUCUCUUCUGAUGAAUUUAUUAGGAGGAAAAUCAGUGCGCCACUCAACAAAUCAGAAAAUUCACUUGUGAAACCUGAACACUAUAUCCUGAAGCCGGACUUCAAGGAGCUCUUUCUUUCCAAAACUGCUACAGUCAAAUGUGCAACCAAUAUUCUCAGCAAUGACAUACGUUGGUUAAUGAAUGGAAUAGAAAUGAACACAUCAUGGCAAAUACACAAAGAACAGAUUUUGCAUAAUAAUUCAACAUGGGCUCAAAGCACAAUACAAAUCCCCUUGGAAGAGUGGAAAAACAUAUCAGAGCUGUCCUGCAAACUGAAUAAUUCACAAGAACUCCAACUCACAAAUCCAAAUGUGACAAAGCAACCAAAAAUAUAUGUACUACCACCAGCCACUGAGAGCCAGGCAGACGAGGAGCAGCUGACACUGGUUUGCUUGGUGAAAGGAUUUUACCCAGAAGACUUGUUUGUGACCUGGAAGUCCAAUGACUCCAUAAUCAAGGAGGAUGUUCCUGACCCAAAAUAUGUCCUUUGUGACCUUACGAAUCAGCUCUGCUCAUUUGUUAGUCAGGUGUCCAUCCCAAAAGAACAAUGGCUUGGAGGAAUAGGCUAUGAGUGCCGGGUGGCUCAUAUUUCCUCCAAAGACUACUUCAGUAAACACAUCAGCAAACAUAAUGUGCCUGAUGGCGACAUAUUGAAGCCAUCCUUCAAGGACCUUUUUCAUUAUAAGAAUGCCACAGUUUCCUGUAAAAUUAAUGUUGACGACACUAAAAUGCAAUUACUAAUGAAUGGACUACCAAAGAAAAGCACACGGGCACAAAUCAAACAUAACAACGUGACAUGGAAACAGAUCACAGCACAAGUCACCCUGGAAGAGUGGAACACCACUACAAACGUCUCCUGCAUAUUACAACCGCCACAGGCAGCCCUUCAAAGAAAGCUGAGCAUUAUACGGAUAAACAAAGCAGAGGAGAUGAAGGUGCCAGUGGUAUAUUUACUGCCUCCUGCCCAUGAGAGCGUGAUUAUGGAGGAUCUCCUGACUUUGGUCUGUUUGGUGCAGGACUAUUACCCAGAAGAUCUCUUUGUGACCUGGAGUAUCAAUGACUCUCUAAACAUGCAGAAUGUUACAAGCUCCAGUUCUGCAAACUGCAACAGCAAUACAAAGCGCUGCUCCACCACCAGUCAGCUGACCGUACUGAAGAGCGAGUGGAUCAGAGGCACAAGUUACUCAUGCCUUGUAGCCCAUAUCUCUUCUGAUGAAUUUAUUAGGAGGAAAAUUAGUGCGCCACUCAACAAAUCAGAAAAUUCACUUGUGAAACCUGAAAACUAUAUCCUGAAGCCGGACUUCAAGGAGCUCUUUCUUUCCAAAACUGCUACAGUCAAAUGUGCAACCAAUAUUCUCAGCAAUGACAUACGUUGGUUAAUGAAUGGAAUAGAAAUGAACACAUCAUGGCAAAUACACAAAGAACAGAUUUUGCAUAAGAAUUCAACAUGGGCUCAAAGCACAAUACAAAUCCCCUUGGAAGAGUGGAAAAACAUAUCAGAGCUGUCCUGCAAACUGAAUAAUUCACAAGAACUCCAACUCACAAAUCCAAAUGUGACAAAGCAACCAAAAAUAUAUGUACUACCACCAACCACUGAGAGCCAGGCAGACGAGGAGCAGCUGACACUGGUUUGCUUGGUGAAAGGAUUUUACCCAGAAGACUUGUUUGUGACCUGGAAGUCCAAUGACACCAUAAUCAAUGAGAAUGUUCCGGACCCCAAAUAUGUCCUUUGUGACCUUAAGAAUCAGCUCUGCUCAUUUGUUAGUCAGGUGUCCAUCCCAAAAGAACAAUGGCUUGGAGGAAUGGGCUAUGAGUGCCGGGUGGCUCAUAUUUCCUCCAAAGACUACUUCAGUAAACACAUCAGCAAACAUAAUGAUGGAUGCUCCCCUACUGGAAUUUCUACGGUCUACCAAGAUGUUGUAGAAGACCUCAGUGAGUCAGAAGACAUUAGCAAUGUAUGGACCACAGCAUCCACCUUCAUUGCUCUCUUUUUGUUAACAUUGAUCUAUAGUAGCUUUGUCACUUUCAUUAAGGUUAAGUAAGCAGCAAGAAUGAGACAUCCUGUGUCUAUGACAGCCAGACUCUACGUCACUUCCCCUGCAUGGCUGCUAUGAAUGCAGUUUACGAGCUAUGAAUAAACCAUCAAUUGAACCCGUGCCUGAACUGAUUUAUGGAGGAACUGUGCUACACAGCUAGAACUCAGAACUUCCAAAGAGACUUAGGAAACAUAUGCACUCCAAAGUCAGACAUCAUGAUAUCAUGGCACAGAUGUGCUACCUUAUUGAGCAGCUCCCCACUUUCUGUCUAACAAUAAUUGUUCAGCAAGUGCAGCGGAUGGACAUUUGCCUUCUUUUGACAAAAUAUAUAUUUCUAGUUAGUAGCUAAUUAACUUUGUAAUCAUAUUAACAUUGCAGUGAGACCCAGCCUUGGUACAAAUGUUCUUAUGUUAUAAGUCUCAUAAUGUGCCUGAUUCAGAGUUAGGGGUAAAUAAAAAAAAAAGGAGCAAUUUGUAAUGUUGUAUUGUCGGUGCCGCAGAUUUAAAAUGUGCAGAGAAAUUCAGAUUUAGGAAGGGCUGCACCACCAAAACAGCCCCAUGCUAGGCACAGAUUGUACAUCAGAGUAUGGUCCACUUCAGUCACACACUGAUGAAAGUCCUAUAACACAUAAGGCCAUAAGACCGGCCAUUUCUGUAUGCCCGCAUAGCAACCUCCCAUUCACCAACCAGGAACACCCACUACAUUUUUAAAACCAUGCGUCUUAAAUGUAAUUGCGACUCCAUGCGCAAGAACUCUGUAUACAUGCGCAGUGCAAUUUACAGGGGGUCCACACGGAGAGAUGUGGCCCAGAGAUGUGUGCUGAGUAUCCAGAGAUAUGUGCUGAGCGAUCUGUGCUAGAUCGCUCAGCACACAUCUCUGGGACACAUCUUUCCAUGUGUACCCCCCUUAAGUUGCACUGAGCGAGGCCGCGCAUCGCUGUCACUGUGGGCUAUACACAUGAAGCAAUGUGUGCUUAAUUUCUAAGCAAUCUAGUCAGACUGCUUAGAAUUUAGGUAACACAUCUCUACAUGUGUACCCCCCUUUGGACACAAGCAGUAGAAAAUAAUCACUCGAUUGAUUCAGCAGUGCGUCCAACUCAGAAUCAGGCCCUUAAUGUCAUGUAGAAACAGUGUCAGACUGGGGCAUGUAGGGCCCACCGGGGAAAUGCAGUGGUAGGGGCCCAUGUUAGGGGUGUGGCCAGUCUGCAGAGGGGGUGUGGCCUGCCACCUUAUUGGUUUGACUAACCAUUAGAGAGUGCAACUUUUGGGCCCCUUCAUAAAUAUAUACAGUAUAUUUAGCUGCUGCAUGCAUAAUAAUGUACCAGAUUAAUAACAGAUUAAUAACAGCAAUGCACUGUAGAAAAUACACCAUAGUCCAGUAUAAGGUAAGAUAUGUAUAAUGUAUAAUUCAAGUGCACAGUCUGGAACUUGAUCCUUAGAGCAGGAGGUGGGCCCCCAGGCAGUGGUGCCCACCGGUGGUUUCCCCUGUAUCCCUGUGGGCCAGUCCGAGUCUGUGUAGAAACAACUUCCACUUCAACAUGGUUUGUUCCAGGAAUUAAUUGCUUGUAUUUUGUUCCUUUUUAUUUGCUUCUAAUUCAGAAUCAGACCUAAUGUUUCUAGAUGACUAAAACCCCAAGUUAAGGUAAACCCUUUUAUUAAAAAGAAAAGACUGUGCUGUGAUAUGGGGUCUGUUUACAAACGCCUUAGAGAGAGAUAAAAUACCAGCCAAUCAGCUCCUAUUUGUAAUUUUUUCAAACACAUCCUGUAACAUGGCAGUUUGGAUCUGAUUGGUUGGUACUUUAUCUCCAUCCACUUUAUCUCUCUCCAAUGCUUAGUACAUAGACCCCAUCCUUUAUGGUGACCGAUGAUCAGUACUUAUUCUGGAUGAUUCUCACACAUACUGUUAUACGGUUAACUGUUACAUUUGUUUUAUGUACAGCUAUUUCAAUGUUCAUGCUUCAGCUUUCUAAUAAAAGAUUUUUCACUUUCCUAAUUAA